CCUCCUCACAUCUCAGUGUGCUUCCAGAGCAUCACAUCUCUCCAAGCUGCAACAAUUUGGAACGACUUAAAAAAAUAGUAACACUUUUCUCCUAUAUGGCAUCCAAAAUGAAAGAACGAAAGAGAACUCCAAUCUCUCACAAAGUUAUUGAGAAAAGACGACGAGAUCGCAUCAAUCGCUGCCUCAACGAACUGGGGAAAACUGUACCAAUGGCACUGGCCAAACAGAACGCGGGCAAGCUGGAAAAAGCGGAAAUCUUGGAAAUGACAGUUCAGUAUCUGAGGGCGCUCCACUCUGCAGAUUUCCCCCGAGGGAGGGAAAAGGGUGAACUGCUGGCUGAGUUCGCCAACUACUUCCACUACGGCUAUCAUGAAUGUAUGAAGAACCUGGUCCACUAUCUGACCACGGAAGACCGAGCCGAAACCAAAGAUAUCAAGUACGCACGGAUUCUCGCCUUCCUGCAGUCCAAGUCGCGCGCAGUCACCGAGCCAGUCUUCGGCUCUGUGGGCCCCGGGCCCGAGCCGUCAGACUACCUGGGCCAUCAACUGCACUCGUCCCCAGAGCACCACAGCCCCACGGAUGCCGUGUACCAGCAGCAGAGCCCACCGGGACACUUGGCCUGGCACGGUUCGGCUCGCGGCCCGACCAUCUCGUACCAGCCUGUAGCGCUGAGUGCGCACUCUCAGCAGCACGGUGGAUAUUUGUCACCAGUGCAGGGACUCGAACAUCAUCACUAUUUCAACAUCAUAGGCCACACGCACCACAACACGUUUAGUUUGCACAAUGCGCAACACGCCAUUUAACACACGCGCACACACACACACACAC